AUGCCGAUUAUCUAUGCACUUGUUGCAAGGGGAACCAUUAUCCUGGCCGAGCAUGCCAUAACCACUGGAAAUUUUGCUACCAUUACUCAACAUCUCUUGGCCAAGAUCCCUUCGAGUGGAGCGACCGCUCAAGCUGCCGGUGGAAGCACCAGUAGCGGAAGCACUCAUGCCGAUUCCCGCAUGUCAUAUGUCUACGACAACUACAUGUUCCACUACCUCCAGCGUGGGAACAUCACCUACCUCUGUUUAUCCGAUUCACAACUGGGUCGUCGAGUCCCUUUUGCGUUUCUGGAAGACAUGGCUGCAAGGUUUAUUGAAACAUACGGCGAUCGAUCCCAAACUGCAAUCUCGUACGGACUCAACGAGUACUCCAAAGCCAUAGCCUCCCUCAUGGAGGAAUACACACAUGGGAAUGGGGAUAAAGUCACUGGACUGCGUGGUGAAAUCGACCAGGUUAAAGAUAUCAUGAUCAACAAUAUCGAAAAAGUACUCGAACGCGGCGACAGAAUCGAUAUGUUGGUGGAUAAAACUGAAUCUCUUUCACAGGCAUCGUUUGCAUUCAAAAAACGGUCUACGGUGUUACGACGUAGUAUGUGGUGGAAGAACACCAAACUGAUGGUUCUUUUGGCUGCUGCGGUUGCGUUGCUGAUUUUCUUUACUGUCAUUGGAUCUAUGCAAGCCAAAGGGUAAACUCGAGCAAUCAUAUUGUAUAGUGCUGAUUAGUCGAUGCUUUUCAAACACCUAGUCCAACUCUUGGCAGAAUCUACUCAAUGCAAAACUCGAAAUGAUGUAAUGAUAGUGAUGGUUUUGGAUUACUUUUGGAUUCUAUUUUGAAGGCUUUGGAAAGUGAUUGAAUCUAUUCUGAUUAGCGUCAAAUUUAACCAUUCCAAAUAAACUUGGUAUUGAUGG